AUGGGUGGAGAUAAUUCAUUUAAUGAGGUUGACUUCAAUUCAUCCCUUGACAGUUUUAAUGGUGAAUUCCUAAGCUACAAUGACGAUUUGAAAUUAGAUUUGCAAGAAUUGCUUGACGAGGAUUCUGUUAUACCUAUUUCACAGGAAACUUCUAUAGAUGAGCUAAGGGAUAAAUCAGAAUACAGUGAUCCAUGCAAGCUAAAUGUUACCAGUCCAAUGAAAAAAAAUAAUCACUUAAUAAUGAAUACAGCUAACAAAGGAAAUCAUAAACUAUCCUUGGAUUCACCAAAUCUCUUCCUUAAACCUGAAGCAAAUGAUACAAAUAUAGUGGCCAAUGAAUUAUUUCAAGUUACAAAUAACUUACGAACAGGAAAGCAACAUCAUCAGUCGGAUAUUUUUGGCUUAGAUGACGAGAAUGACGAUCUCUUUUGUGGAAAAAGAUUAAAUAAUGAUAAGAUAGAUAAAUUAGUAAACGAAUUGGGAUUAAGAAAUAAAGGAGACGAAAUAGAUUUUGAAUUAGAUGAUCAAGUAAGAACAGGCAUUUUUAAGGGACGAUUCAAAAAGCACCAUCAUGAUGUGGAUGAAAAUAAAGACGAUAUAGACUUGCUACUUACAGAUUACUUGGCUAAUGGAAAGAAGGCCAUGAACGAUGACAAAGAAAAUUUAACCCCUUAUCCUGACCCGUUGAAAACUAUUAGAAGCAAAGAUACCAACUCUAUUAAAAAAUCCAAUAAAGUGUUCUUCAAAGCCCCCAGGAGGUCUGGAUAUAAUAAAUCGUCAAUACCAGUAUUGAAGCCAUUAUCUAAUGUUACAAACAUCGAAUUAAAGAAGCCUGCAAAUGAUUUCAUGGUUAGGAAAGACAGUUCAGUCUCACCUAGAAGAAUAUGUACUCCAAGUCAUACGGAUGAAAUUGUACCAUUCAAGCCUUCCCUCAAAUACCAAAAGUCACCACUUAAUAUUUACCUCGUUGAUUCGCUGACGGGCCUCAUUAACGAUGCAACCCAAUUUGGAACAGAACUUAAUGCUUCCAACUGUGAAGGAUUUCCAUUACCGGAACACAUAAACGAAAUAGUACAAAUUCCAACCAAUGAAGAAUCACAGAGGCCGGCAUCCAAGAAACAGAAACAAAAAAUGGCAAUCAUAAAAGCAUUCCAGAAUAAGUAUUAUUCUACAGACGCCCAAAUUUCCAAUAACUCUCAAAAACGUCCAGGUUUCUACAACAAAGAAGAAUAUGAAAACUACAAACACAAAUUGACUUCACAAAAUACAUUAGGCGUACAAGUCGUCAAUCAAGCCACACUCUCCCAAACCGAACCAGCUGAUUCACCUAAUGAUAAAACCAAUACCUCCAAUAAUAAAAAGUCCCCAAAAAGGCAAAAGGUGAGAUGGGCAGAAAAGUUAGAAUGGUGA